AUGGAAAAAAAAAAAAAAAAAAGGAAAAGAAAUCUUCUAACAGCAGCUGACUACAUUCUGCCUGAUCAGCUCCUUUUAUCAUAUCAUCUCCAUCCACAUCACCAGCCAACAUCAUCAUCGCAGGCAUCUAGUCCUUCGUGUGGCGACAGUCGGAAAGCAACGAAGAAAAAGCGACAUCCUCUUCGAUUCAACAACUUGGCGAAGACGGCAGUGAAGAAGACAGCGAAGAGGCAGAAGGAGAACGCAAAGCGCUUUAUUGGCUCUCCAGAGACUUCGACUAACUUACUUAUACUUGUUCUCCCUCGCCCUGUUUUGGUUUCUUUUUUCUCCUUUUCUUUUUUCCAUUCUCUGCUUUAUUCUAUCAAUUCUUUCAAGUACAGUAACCUGGUCACUCAUAUCAGAAAAAUGGGGAAGAAAAAGCGCGGCCAUCCGGAUCUCGAGGAGUUGCUCGCAAGGCCAUGGUGCUAUUACUGUGAGCGUGACUUUGAUGACUUGAAGAUUCUCAUUUCUCACCAGAAGGCGAAACACUUCAAAUGCGAGAGGUGUGGGAGGAGGUUAAACACAGCCGGAGAGUCUCUAUCCCAGGUCGACAAUGCCCUUCAGAACCGGUCAAGUCUCGAUAUUGAGAUUUUUGGCAUGGAAGGUGUCCCGGAGGACGUGUUGCAGGCCCACAACCAGCGUGUCUUGCAACAGUAUCAGCAGGCAGAGGCUGAACGGCGUGCUGCAACGGGAAAUCCUGCACCGGGCACUUCAGGCAGUAGUGGACAGUCUAAAAAGCCCAAGUUCGAAUCUCCUUCUGAGUUGAAGAAGAGACUUGCGGAGCAUAAGGCGCGUUUGGCAGAACAAGCGGCCGGCGGAAGCAGUGGAGACACUACGCCCAUAGGUGCUGGACAACAGUCACAAUCUACGCCUGGUGGCACUCCAUAUCCUCAACAGCCUGGUUUUGUACCACCAACCGGGCCACAGAGCUACCCUAUGCAUCAGUAUCCUCCUUCUACGAACAUGUCAACGUCACCGUACCCACAGGCCGGUGUUCCCCCCAUUGUUUCACCAGUUGGAGCCAGCCCUACUCUCCCGUACCAUCACCAACAGCACCACCAGGCAAUGAGAACACACACACCACCUCAGGCUAUAUCUCCCUCCUAUCCUACCCGAACACCAAGCCUACCACCCGCUCCAGGGCUUCCUCAACGGCCCAGUUUUGGCGCCCCGCAAGUCAAUGCCUUCCAAAUGCAACAGCUGCACCAAGGCCAAGUUUCGGGGCCUCCAGCUGUUCCUAUGCCUACAGAUGCGCAGGGCAACCGUGCCCACCCUCUGCCAGAUGCUAAUUCUGAAUCUUUAUCAGCAUCAGCUGAUAAAUUGAUUUCAGAGGCUGCUAAGCAAGCCAAAGAGUUACCAGCUAAGCCAAGCCCCGCCCCCGGAACCCCUGAAGAAGGGGCUGCUGGUAAACCUUUGAAGAAAGAAAAGGCUAAGUCCACCAGACUAGUUUAUUCCGACAAUGAGAUCAGUCCAGAGGAAAAACUGGCCCGUCUACCUCGAUAUGCCUUUGUUCCACAGCAGAUAGACGAGAAUUCUUCAGGGGAGACAGCAGCAGAGCCUGUUGCUGGUGCCGAAGAAGUUGUCAACCUCCCAGCGUAA